UUGGAAACUGGAUGGAGCCGAUAGAAGUAGCUAGUUUAGUUAUAUUAAGUGGAUUUUGACAGCGGAUCGAUUUUGACGGCGUUUCUUACUGGAUCUUAAAGUGUGCCUGUUGGGAAAAACACGUUGUUAUCUACAAGUAACAUAAGCUGGCAUGUGCUAAUAUGGAAACCAAACCUUUCUUGUCUCUAGGGCUCCUCAAAAAUCCAUGCUCAGUAGCGCCGCCGUGUUUGCGGAGCCGGCCGGGCGAUGUUGGCAGUUCGCCCAGUGGCUGCUCUGGCUUCACGGAUGCGUACCCACUGCAACAGCGCAGGAUAUCCACAGAAUCCACUGGUCUUUCUCCUCUCAGCUCCUCCACGGGUCACCGAGGCAUCAGUAACCACCCUCUCCACCCACCCCUGCUCAGCCCCUCCACCAUGAACUCCAGCCCAGGUCAACUCCACUCACCCAUCAGUACCCUCAGCUCGCCCAUCAACGGCCUGCCCUCGCCCUUCCCUCUCAUCAGCUCGCCCAUGGGCCACCCAUCCAUGAGCGGCCCGUCCUCCACCAGCAUGACCUUCCGACCAAGCCUUAGCCCACAGCUCAGUUCACCCAUGAAUCCAGUCAGCUGUUCAGAGGACAUUAAACCCCCUCUGGGUCUGAACGGGGUGAUGAAGGUCCCAGCGCAGCCAACAGGCACGUCUCUCUCACUCACGAAACACAUCUGUGCCAUUUGUGGAGACCGCUCAUCAGGUAAACACUAUGGGGUGUACAGCUGUGAAGGCUGUAAGGGCUUCUUCAAAAGAACAGUGAGAAAGGAUCUGACGUACACUUGCCGAGACAACAAAGACUGUAUAAUCGACAAACGGCAACGCAAUCGCUGCCAGUACUGCCGCUAUCAGAAAUGCUUAGCCAUGGGAAUGAAGAGAGAAGAAAAAAAAGAAAGUCAUACAGGUCAUACAGGACAUGAGGCCGUUCAGGAGGAGCGGCAGCGGGCAAAGGAGCGGAGCGAGGGAGAGUUCAGCAGCUGUGCCAACGAGGACAUGCCCGUGGAGAAGAUUCUGGAAGCCGAACUGGCAGUGGAACCAAAGACGGAGACCUACGUGGAAGCCAACCUGGGUGUGCCUGCCAACUCUCCUAACGACCCAGUAACAAACAUCUGUCAAGCAGCUGACAAGCAACUCUUUACUUUAGUGGAGUGGGCCAAGCGGAUACCUUACUUUUCUGAUCUCCCGCUGGAUGAUCAAGUCAUCCUCCUGCGAGCAGGAUGGAAUGAACUCCUGAUUGCUUCUUUUUCACAUCGUUCCAUAGCUGUGAAAGAUGGAAUAUUAUUAGCUACAGGCCUUCAUGUCCAUAGAAACAGUGCACACACUGCCGGUGUGGGAGCCAUCUUUGACAGAGUGCUGACAGAGCUUGUGUCAAAGAUGAGAGACAUGCAGAUGGACAAGACUGAACUUGGAUGUCUGCGAGCUAUUGUUCUGUUCAAUCCAGACUCAAAAGGACUGUCUAAUCCAUCUGAGGUGGAAGCACUGAGGGAAAGAGUGUAUGCUUCUCUGGAGGCCUACUGUAAACAAAAAUACCCUGAUCAACCUGGGAGAUUUGCCAAGCUGUUAUUGCGUCUGCCCGCUUUGCGCUCCAUUGGCCUGAAGUGUCUUGAACAUCUCUUCUUUUUCAAGUUAAUCGGGGACACGCCCAUUGACACUUUCCUAAUGGAAAUGCUUGAAGCGCCACACCAAAUGACUUAAGGGAAUGGAUUCUGGUCAUCUCUGCCCGUCUAACAGCAUUUCACUAAAUGCCUCUGUAAAGCAAUGGAAGAGGGUCCUGUUUUCUGUACAGAACACUACAAGAGGCCAGCACAGGACACAUCUCAAUAGAGACUGCUUUGUCCAGACUGAUAAACAUCUCACACUGCUGUCCAAGAGAGGAUUGAACUGCAAGUAAUUCUACCCUGGCGUUUAAUCAGAAGCAUUGCGUAAUCAGCAAAAUGCUGUGCAACCUUUCAUUACGGAAUGCCAUACAAACAGGAUGGAAUUUUUUUUCCUGGUUUGAGAGAUCUCACCAAGUUCUAUGGAAAUUUCUGCUGAAAAUAACUCAAAGAUCUAAUUGUGUCUCAUUUAUUCUGCCUCACAGAGGUCUAAAUCUGCAUUGCAUUGAGUUCAACCCAUAUACAGCCAAACCACCUCAUCUCUAAAAUCAUUGCUGUGAAUUUUCAAUUUUCAUGUGAGGAUACAAAUUCCUUAAUACCUCAGCUGCACUUCUUCAUACAACUGUCCUUAACAGUUAUAUCACUGUCCAUGUGUAUCUGCCAUUGGAACCUCUUGCUUAAGACUAUAGCGAUCAGUGUUAACAGUGUGCAUUUUUUAGUCACGGACUUGAUUUCAGUAUCCAGAGUUUGUUGAUGUAAAAAGAUCCAGCAACAUAAUAACAUUGUUUUCCAGGCACUUACUUUUUUUUUUUUUUUGACAUAUAUCAGUUUACUAUAAGUAUGUAUUCGUGAGAAAGAAGCAGCUGUUUGGUUUCAGUUUGAAGUCCUUUUCUUUUCGGAAGAGAUAUAUGAAUCACAGAAUGCUCUAAAAACAAUGAAAAGCAGGUGUGCUCCUGGCCGAACUCACAUUGGAUGAAAAUACGAUUCAUUAUAAGAAUUCUGUAAAAAAAAAAAAAAAAAAUGUUGAAGAUUUGCAUAAUGUUUUGCCUCUAUAAUUCAGCAUAAAUAUGUAUUAAGUAUUUCCAAAGAUUUUCAAUAAUGUUUAUAAAUCAUCUGAUAAUUCCCAGCAAUUGGGUGUUACUGAUUUGAAAAUAUGCAACUAGUUAAAGGAAUCCAGAUGAUAGUCUGGCCUCAGGGAAUCACAAGGUUUGAGAAGUGCUAUGUCUGCCCCCUAUUGGAAGAGUUGUGACAUUGCAGCUGUGCUAAUUUGCUAUAUGACUUAGAGACGUCUACAUAGACAUUUCUACAGUUUUAAGUGUUGGGAAUUCAUAAUUACAUUGGUUAUUUUUCAAUGUUUGCAAAACAUUCUUAAGCCUCAGGUUUAUGCAAAUGAAAAUAUGCAUUUUUAUUGUAUUUUUUGCUUAAAGUUUGCAGUGUCUCUCAUCUGUGUCAUAACAAGGAAAUAACAUCAAAUGGUGAGACAGAUUUCACAAUGCCACUGCUCAAACCUCAAUUGCAGAUUGAGCCAAUCUGAACCAGUGUUUUCAUGAUGAAAGUGAUGACAGUUACUUUUAUUAGAAUUAAUUAUUAUUGCAGUUUGGAAAGUAUCUAACCUGUUUAGUGGACAUUAAAAGGAAAAGUUUGCCAAAAACCCUCAUGUUAUUCCAAACCCCUAUGACUUUCUUUCUUCCGGGGAGCAUAUAAAGAGACUUUCUGAAGAAUGUACUGGUUGUUUUGUUUUACAUGCAAUUACAAUUAAUAGAAACUGAAGCUUUUAAAAAAAAUUAUGGAAAAGUUGCAAAAGCACUAUAAAAAGUGUAAUAAAUAGAUUUAUUCUACUUGUGCACUAUAUUCGGAGUUUUCUGAAGUCAUAUGAGGAACAAACCAAACUUUAAGUCGGAGGAAAGUCAUAGUGUUUGGUACGACAUGAAAGUGAGUAAAUGAGGAAUUAAUUUUCACAUUUUGCUAAAGUAUCCCUUUUAGGAAUUUUUACUACAUUUACAUUUACAUUUAUUCAUUUGGCAGACGCUUUUAUCCAAAGCGACUUACAAAGAGGAAAACAUGAGCGAAUCAUCUUAAGGAGACAGUGGUACGAAAAGUGCCAUAUUACAAAGUUUCACUAGCAUCAGAAUAGUAUUCAAAACAGAUUAAAGUGCAACAAGAAUUAUUACUGAUAUAUACUGAUUUAUUUAGACUAAACAUUCUGGCAAUAGUCUAUACUUUAUGUGUUGGGCCUCACAACAUAAUGACAAAAGAGCAUUUAGUACAAAAUGCGUACAAGCAGCAUGUACUAUUUAUAUGAUUGUUAAACAGGACCUAACCUUAUCAGUGGUCAUAUGUUCUUAUGAUUUGACCAGGGAGAAAUUCAGGGAAGAUCAGUGGACUUGGUCUAUCCUCUUUAAAAUUUUAUAUGUGGGUUUUGCAUUACUCCAACACCAGCAUGUUUAGAAUGUGCAAAAAAAUAAAUAAAUAAAAAAUAAAAAAAUCCCUUGCUGAGGGAAACAAGAAACAAAAACAGACACAGUGUAAUGCAGUCUUAGGUUUGGAGGAGCAUCGUGUGGAAUAGUCAAACAGGGUUUAGACCAUCAGGAGCCAGGCACAUCUUUUUUGGAUAUUGCCACAAUCAUGAUGUGCUGCUGUCAGACAUCAUUUUCGCUAAAUCCUUUACCAGUCUGCAAUAUUUUCCUGUGAGACACCAGUUCAUCACGGGAAUAUAUCAGCAAAACAUCAAAGAGAUCCAUUUUAAGAGAAUUAUCUAUUUUUGUACAAAGUGUAAUUAUCGCUAUAUCACUAUUUAGUUAGUUUUGAAAUUCUAUGUUGUUGAAAUUCAUUGUUGGUGUAAAUUUUAAUUUUUAAGUGGUGCCAUGCCCUCAAACCUGGAGUGAGGGAAGGUUUACAUACAAAUUCUUCUCCGUUCCUCUGCUAUUACCUGAGAGCUAAGGAUGGCUCUUUUUUCCCCCAAAAAAGACUGAGGGUGGAUGUAUUGUCCUAUUGCAAAAUGUAUUUUGUUCAAAGUACUAUUAAAUUUC